AUGGCACAGUGUAACGCCUCAUCCAAAUACCAUGACAUCAUCUCCAAAAGUACUCAGAUCUCUUCAGGAUCUCCUACUGUCUACCAGCUGAGACCAAAGGAAGAGAAGUUUGGGACUCUGACAAGAAAAACUGUUGGAGAGAAAACCCUGAAAAAGAGAAACAAAACCAUCUUACUUGUAGGUGAAACAGGAACAGGAAAAUCUGCUCUGAUCAACACUCUGUUCAACUACACCAUGGGAGUGAAGUUUAAGGACAACAUCUGGUUUGAGAUCGUAGAAGAAAAAGAGAAGAGAAGUCAGUCAGAGAGUCAGACAUCAGAUGUGAUCGUGUACGAGAUCUUUGGUUAUGAAGGUAAAACUCUGCCCUACUCUCUGACCAUCAUCGAUACUCCUGGAUAUGGAGACACCAGAGGGAUCCAACAUGAUGACAUUGUUAGUCAAAGAUUAUUGGACUUGUUCCGCUCAAAGGAUGGAAUUACAGCACUUUCUGCAGUGGGUCUGGUGCUGAAGGCGACUGAGAAUCGAGUGAGUGAUCAACUGAGGUACAUCUUUGAUUCAGUGACGUCUCUGUUUGGGAAAGAUCUGGAUGAGAACAUUGUACCUCUCAUCACACACUCAGAUGGAAUAACACCUGAAAAUGUUCUGGAAGCUCUUAAAGCUGCAAACAUUAAAUAUGCCAAAGAUGAAGAGAAUGAAACUGUUUACUUCCUGUUUAAUAACUGCCAAAACAAAGAGAGAACAAAGCAAGCCAAGCUUGCUUUAGAGAAUGCAUGGAGGACAACAGAGGCAGGAAUGAAACAAUUCACAGACUUCCUGAAAGAAUCUAGCCAUCAGAAGUUAGUGACAACAGUUGAAGUGUUGAAUUCACGGAUCAGUCUGACAGCCUGCAUCCAAAACCUGAAAGAAAGAAUCCAGCUGACUGAACUAAAACAGAGAGAGAUCCAACAGAUUAAAGAAGCUCUGAAGAAACAUGAAGAAGAGAUGAAGAAGAAUGAAGAGUUCACUGUAGAAGUUGAUGAAGUCUACAAAGAGAAAGAGGAUAUCAAAGGUGGGAUGCGGGGGUUGUUUUACAAAGGAGCUGUCACCUGUAACGUUUGUAAAGAGAACUGUCACUAUCCAGGAUGCACAGUGGCAAGGAAUCCCAAAGACUGUAAGGUCAUGAAAAAUGGUAACUGUGAAUCAUGUAGAGGGAAGUGUCCUGUAUCAGUUCAUGUGAAAAAAGAGUGGAGAUAUGUGACCAAGACCAAAAAAGUUCAGAAGACCCUACAAGAUAUGAAAAGAAAGUAUGAAGAGAAAAAGUCAGAAAAUGAGAAGGAGAAGAGCCUGAUGGAACAUCUUCAAACUGAGAUGGAAAAACUGACAGCAGAGAAGAUACAGUGGCUGGAUGACGUCUACCGACAUGUGGAACUACUGGAGCGGAUCGCCCUGAAUGUUGAUUCACUAGAAAAGGGGAAGAAAGAGAAGCCGGAGGAGGAAAGGACUGCUAAUAAAAAGGCUCUGGAUAAAGCAAGAGGUCAAACAAGAAUCAACAUCGGAGUAGCAUUUGAGCGGUGGAGACAACUGAGGGAUCUGAAGGGCCUGAACAGUGAUGCCGAGGUUGCUCUCUUUCUGUUGGACAGCCAUGAGAAGGACCGAUCAACCUCGACGCCGUCUAAACACGGAUUGAUGAGACCUCCUCUCCCUCCAGUUCAACUAUUGUUUCUGAGUCUCUGUGCGACCGAGAUGAUGACGUGAUGAGAUGAUGAUAAUUCUUCAACUGGUUUGAGCAGACAUCUGUCCCUCCCCCAGCCCAGCCAUUACUGCAGCACCCCCCCCUCGUUGACACCUCUAGUAUGCUACCCCCAC